AUGUCAGACAAUUGGACCCUUAGGCAGCUGGAUGUUCACAACGCUUUCCUCAACGGGCACUUGUCUGAAACCGUCUUCAUGAAGCAGCCACCUGGGUAUGAAGAUUCAGCCCAUCUGAAUCAUGUAUGCCACCUACAGAGGUCUAGACUCAAGCAAGCUCACCGGGAAUGGUUCAAGCGGCUGCAUGAGUUUCUCAUUACUGCAUGUUUCUUAGCCUCUAAAACCGAUGUGUCACUUUUUCACUACACCAUUGGGGCUUCACGGGUCUUCUUAUUGGUCUACGUUGAUGACAGCAUUAUGAUGGGCAACGACUCAGCAUUAAUUAAUACGAUUCUUCUUUCUCAGCGGCGCUACAUGGGAGAUAUAUUAGCCCAAGCUGGUAUGUCUGAUUGCAAGCCUCUGGCAACACCAGCUGUAGUCACUCAUCCAGUCACUCCAUUGGCUCAGUCUUUUGACAACCCGACUCAGUAUCGUCAAAUUGUUGGCGCUUUACAAUACUUAACUAUUACCCGGCCAGACCUUUCCUAUGCGGUAAACCGACUAUGUCAGUUCAUGCAAGCUCCCAUCGACGAUCAUUGGGCUCUCCUAAAGCAGGUUCUACGAUAUGUUAAAGGAACGCAUGACUAUGGUUUGCGCUUGUCAGCGUCUUCCUCUUCUGACAUUCAUGCUUUUUUAGAUUCCGACUGGGCGGGCUGUCCCGUUGACAGGAAGUCUACUAGUGGGUAUGCAGUCUUUCUAGGGACCAAUCUCAUCUCAUGGCUCUCCCGCAAGCAACGCACGGUGGCGCGCUCCUUAACUGAAGCCGAGUACAAGGGUCUAGCUGAUGUCGCAGCAGAGGUCACGUGGGUAGUCUCUCUUUUACGUGAGCUAGGGCUGCAUUCAGGAAAUCCAGCGACUUUGUGGUGCGACAAUCUGGGAGCCACAUACCUAGUAGCCAAUCCAGUUUUUCACGCACGGACAAAGCAUGUUGAGAUCGAUUUCCACUUCAUCCACGACAAGGUUGCAUAA